CCGGCGCAGCUCGGCGUUAACCGCGAAAGAUGUUUCCGGCUUCCCUGAAAAACUUUUCCGGCCGGCGGCUCCCAAGAGAGGUCUGAGGUCUUCCGCUCCGCGAAACGGCUGAUUUCAGUCGGUAAUUCCAAGAAAUGAGAGCCCCGUGGCUCGUCCUGAUUCUCGCCGAGAUCCUGGUCCUGGAGCUGGCCCUCGGGGACCCAGUGUAUCACCGUAAUGACACCAUCUUAAGCGGUCCGGGUCAAAGGUCACCGGAGACCCUUUCCAGACGCAGGCGGCUGACGUUUCCAAAGGGCAGCGCUUUCGUGAUGACAGUGUCGUUGCUACAAUCUAUUCAACUGCCACUACCCAGCAGCUGGUACUUGGACUUCGAGUUCGACACAAUCUUUCCUAUACAAACGCAGGACAGCCCGAAGAAGAAACAUUUCUUCCGGAAACCGUGGCUGGUCAAACGAAGGCACCGCCGUGAAUUGUACGCUAAUUUCGAAGCUGCUCUAGACAGCCAGAAUUUGCCGGGACGACAGUGCGUUCUGAGAACAAUCUGCGAGGCGAAAACAUUGUUGAGCCCUCCGGGCGACUCGUUCAUCGAGGACGCUAUUCGAUUGAUACUAAGUAACGUCGAGGACGCGGAAAAAUCCGAUUCCUACGAUGCCGCGUACAGGACCAGCAUACCAUGCCACGUAGCUUACUUCUGUCCCUUUUCCUUGCUAAGACUGUUGUUAUACAACUUGUACAUUGACAGCUGACCGCAAAUUAUAAUUUCCUGAAUAGGGGACUCGUGAAAUUAAUUAGGAAAAACUCCACGUUUAUAUUCGACUGCUUCUCUCGGAGAUUGUUCACUCCUCCAUCGAGUUAAGCUUGAGUUUAAACGAACUACAGUAAUUUCUCCCUAAUUUGCGCUCAGAUUGCACAGAAAAAUGGACAAUUUGGGAAGCGGAGAUACGAUUAUUCGAGCCUUGCGGCUCUUUUUUAUAGUUAACGAUUUCAGGAAAAGUCAGCGAAGAUUUUUCGCAGGAAGUAGGGAAUUCA